GGACUCCUCUUCUCUUCAGAGGAUCUUUGGUGAGUUGACUCCUCCUUCAGUCGGAGGAUAUUGAUCAGAGUGACUCCUCGUCUCUUCAGAGGAUCUUCGCUUCAUCAGAAUGGCAGGAAACGCGUGGAGGUCAAUGCUGUCUCAGGUGGGGGGGGCAACGAAACCCGCUCUGUCCGCUGCUUUCUCAAGGAGAGGGAUGCAGACGGUGACCCUGAUCCCCGGAGACGGCAUCGGUCCGGAGAUCUCGGCGGCUGUGAUGAAGAUCUUCGAGGCGGCUAAAGCUCCCAUCCAGUGGGAGGAGAAGAACGUGACAGCCAUCAAAGGGCCCGGGGGCCGCUGGAUGAUCCCCUCCGACGCCAAGGAGUCCAUGGACCGCAGCAAGAUCGGACUGAAGGGACCCCUGAAGACCCCCAUCGCGGCCGGUCACCCCUCCAUGAACCUGCUGCUCAGGAAGACCUUCGACCUCUACGCCAACGUCCGGCCCUGCGUCUCCAUCGAGGGAUACAAGACGCCCUACACCGACGUGAACCUGGUCACCAUCCGGGAGAACACGGAGGGGGAGUACAGCGGAAUCGAGCACCUGAUCGUGGAUGGUGUGGUUCAGAGCAUCAAGCUGAUCACGGAGGACGCCAGCCGCCGCAUUGCGGAGUACGCCUUCGAGUACGCCCGCAACAACCAGAGGAGCAGCGUGACGGCCGUGCACAAAGCCAACAUCAUGCGGAUGUCAGACGGUCUGUUCCUCAGGAAGUGUCGAGAGGUGGCGGAGAACUACAAAGACAUCAAGUUCACCGAGAUGUACCUGGACACCGUGUGCCUCAACAUGGUUCAGGAUCCCACGCAGUUUGACGUGCUAGUGAUGCCCAACCUGUACGGAGAUAUCCUGAGUGAUCUGUGUGCCGGUCUGAUCGGAGGACUCGGCGUGACGCCCAGCGGGAACAUCGGAGCCAACGGAGUCGCUAUCUUUGAAUCGGUGCACGGCACGGCACCGGACAUCGCCGGGCUGGACAUGGCGAACCCCACCGCCCUGCUGCUGAGCGCCGUCAUGAUGCUGCGCCACAUGGGGCUCCACGAGCUGGGGAGCAAAAUCCAGAUGGCCUGCUUCGACACCAUCAGAGACAAGAAGGUGCUGACGAAGGACCUCGGAGGAAACUCUAAAUGUUCAGAGUUCACCGACGAUAUCUGCCGCCGCAUCCAGGACAUGUGAUCAGCAGGGGGGCCACGAGGAGAGCUGCUGCAGCUGCACCAACACACCUGAUCAUGUUUACACCAGAAACACCUGAUAUCUCCAUGAUCAGAAACACCUGAUAUCUCCAUGACCAGAAACACCUGAUAUCUCCAUGACCAGAAACACCUGAUAUCUCCAUGAUCAGAAACACCUGAUAUCUCCAUGACCAGAAACACCUGAUAUCUCCAUGACCAGAAACACCUGAUAUCUCCAUGACCAGAAACACCUGAUAUCUCCAUGACCAGAAACACCUGAUAUCUCCAUGACCAGAAACACCUGAUAUCUCCAUGACCAGAAACACCUGAUAUCUCCAUGAUCAGAAACACCUGAUCUCUCCAUGAUCAGAAACACCUGAUAUCUCCAUGUUUCUACAUCAACACAUGCAUGAUUAUCAUAAAGGGAAUAUCAUUAUUUUUUCUUUAUUAAGUUGAAAAAACAAUCUGUAUUUUUCUCAGUUUAAUGAGGUUGUUUUUGAGAUGUAUUUCCUUGGAGGAACCUCAGAUCGUCUUCAUGUAUCCCCAUCAGGAAAUCUCUGAAUGUUCUUCUGUAUUUCCAUGAAGAGAAGUCCUGUUUCCUGUAGAACGGGGAGGUGUUUUAGGGUCCUGCAGCAGCUUCCUGUCGGCGAACACGAUGAAACAUUCACAAAGAAAAACGCACAACGUCCCGUGACCAAGAGUUUACUCAGAUUCUCCAGCAAACCUUCGAUAGUUUUAUUCUCAACACUCCCGUUACUGGACUGAUAUUUUUUUAACGGUAAUCUGGUGUAACUUAUUUAUUGUUUCCUGUUCCUGCAUCUUGUGUUCAGAGUUUCUACACUUCACUAAUAAACGCUGUCAGAGAGAA